AUGGCCAGUGCAGAGUCUUCGCUGCUCAGAUUCCUAGGCCCCCGCUCAGGUGCUGGCAGCAGUGAGGUGGAGCAAGACUGCUGGUUUGACGAGGAGUUCAAGUUCAUCUUGCUACCUGUGAGCUAUGCAGUUGUCUUUGUGUUGGGCCUGGGCUUCAAUGCCCUGACCCUCUGGCUCUUCCUCUUUCGCCUCCGACCCUGGGAUGCAACGGCCACCUACAUGUUCCACUUGGCAUUGUCAGACACCUUGUAUGUGCUGUCAUUGCCCACCCUCAUCUACUAUUAUGCAGCCCGCAACCACUGGCCCUUUGGCACUGGGCUCUGCAAGUUCAUCCGCUUUCUCUUCUAUUGGAACCUCUACUGCAGUGUCCUUUUCCUCACCUGCAUCAGUGUGCACCGCUACGUGGGCAUCUGCCACCCUCUGCGGGCACUACACUGGGGCCGCCCUCGUCUGGCCAGCCUUCUCUGCCUGGCAGUUUGGUUGGUUGUAGCUGGCUGCCUUGUGCCCAACCUGUUUUUUGUCACAACUAGCAUGAAGGAGGCCACCAUCGUGUGUCAUGACACCACUCAGUCUGAGAAGUUUGACCACUAUGUGCACUUCAGCUCGGCAGUCAUGGGGCUGCUGUUUGGUGUGCCCUGCCUGGUCAUUCUAGUCUGCUAUGGGCUCACGGCCCAGCGCCUGUAUCGGCCCUUGCCAGGGGCUGCCCAGUCAUCUUCUCGUCUCCGUUCCCUCCGCACCAUUGCUGCAGUGCUGACUGUCUUCACUGUGUGCUUUGUGCCUUUCCACAUCACCCGCACCAUUUAUUACCUGGCAAGGCUGUUGGAAGCUGACUGCCAGGUGCUGAACAUUGUCAACAUGGUCUACAAAGUGACUCGGCCCCUGGCCAGCGCCAACAGCUGCCUGGAUCCUGUGCUCUAUCUGCUCACGGGGGACAAGUAUCGACGUCAGCUUCGGCGGCUCUGCUUUAGUGACGGGCCCCAGCCCUCUACAGCUGCCUCCUCCCUGGCGCUGGUGUCCCUGCCUGAGGAUAGCAGCUGCAGGUGGGCAGCCACCCCCCAGGACACUGGCUGCCCUACCCCUAGGGCAAAUAGAUUGUAA